GUUCCCCCACGCGCCUCAGCGGCAGUGACGUUAGACAGGCGCACCGACCUUCCUUGAGGCUGCGGGUCUACGGAGAGAUCGUCCUCUCUCCGUGGCCCGAGCUGCGGUUUCGUUGCGUAGGGCCUCGCGGAUUUCCGCAGCCUGGGGUUCUGGCCCGCUAGCACCCCGCAGCUGCGCGCCAUCUUCACCAAGCGCCAUGGCGGCGGCCGGCGGGCUGAAAGCGACCAGAUGCUGCCCUUUCUUCGGUCUCCUUUUGCUUCUGCUGAUCGCGGGCCCUGCCCGGGGCUGGAACGACCCUGACAGAAUAUUGUUGAGGGAUAUAAAAGCUCUCACCCUCCACUAUGACCGCUAUACCACUUCCCGUAGGUUGGAUCCCAUCCCACAGUUGAAAUGUGUUGGAGGCACAGCUGGAUGUGAUUCUUACACCCCAAAAGUCAUACAGUGUCAGAACAAAGGCUGGGAUGGUUAUGAUGUACAGUGGGAAUGUAAGACUGACUUAGAUGUUGCGUACAAAUUUGGAAAAACUGUGGUGAGCUGUGAAGGCUAUGACUCCUCUGAAGACCAGUAUGUGCUAAGAGGUUCCUGUGGUUUGGAGUAUAACUUAGAUUACACAGAACUUGGCCUGAGGAAAUUGAGAGAGUCUGGAGAAAACCAUGGCUUUAAUUCUUUCUCUAAUUAUUAUAAUAAGUUGUACUCCCCAGAUUCCUGUAGCAUCAGUGGCGUGAUUACCAUUGUGCUGCUACUUGCUAUCGCCUUUGGAGUUUAUAAAUUCUUCCUUAGUGAUGGUCAGGAUCCUCCUCCACCAUAUUCUGAGUAUCCUCCGUAUUCCCAUCGUUAUCAGAGGUUCACCAACUCGGCAGGACCCCCUCCUCCAGGCUUCAAGUCUGAGUUCACAGGACCGCAUGGUGCAACUUCUGGUUUUGGCAGUGCUUUUACUGGACAACAAGGACAUGAAAAUUCAGGACCAGGCUUUUGGACUGGCUUGGGAACUGGAGGAAUAUUAGGAUAUUUGUUUGGCAGCAACAGAGCAGCAACACCCUUCUCAGACUCGUGGUACUACCCAGCACACCCUCCCUCGUACACCAGCACGUGGAAUAGCCGGGCUUACUCACCACUACAUGGAGGCCCAGGCAGCUAUUCAGCCUGUUCAAGCUCAGAGCCAAGAACCAGAACAGCAUCAGGAUAUGGUGGUACCCGAAGACGAUGAGAAAAGUACAAAGUUGGGGUCAAACACUGGAUGCAGAAUUUCUGAUUUUUCAUCACUUUCUCUUAAAAACUACCUGCUAACAAGGACAUAUGCAAAAGUUCUGUGGUGUUUUGUCCUGUACAGCUUUUUGUAUUCUGUUAUUUGAGACUAAGAGGUGACAUGACAAAAUGCUUAUGUAGAGAAUUGUAUGUUUGUGUAACCUGCAAAUGUAUAUUAGUUUUUGAAAGUGAUGACUACUGUGAAAUGCUGAGAAUGUGUUGUGUAAUUUCUAAAACUUGUGAUGCAAUAAGAUGCAAGUCUUUAUACCAGUAAUACCAAUAGCUACUGAGUAUAGAAAUUUUCAAUCUUAGGUGGCUUUAACUGAUGAGUUGUUAUGUCAUAGAAAUGAUAGUAAUCUAUUUGGUACGUAUUAUUGGGUGUUUGCUGUUCGCCAAACAUGUAAACCAAGCUUUGGACUACCAACUUACACUUACCUAUGUGUGUUGAUCACUUCUGAACUCAGGUGGGUAGGGUUCUGGUAAGAGAGAAUUCCUUUUUUAGGAAAAGGUAGAAAAUAUCUAUCUAGAAGAUCGUGAAUGAUUGUGUGCCGACAGAAAUGCUUGAAACCUCCACAUUCAUUUUUUUUAAGAGGUAAAGUUUAAGUGCUUCAGUAAGGGUUUUCUAAUAGCUAAAGCAUGCAGUUCGCUGUGGAAUCUGAAGUGUUGUAACAGCCUGUUUCAAUCUUAUAUUAAAAUGACAGAAAAAAUAAAAACAAAGUUUUUAUCUUU